AUGGCCAUUCUUGAUUACGAAUACGCUCCUAACUCCUACCCUGCUGCGGUCAAGCGAGGCAUUGACUUUCUUUAUGAGGCCGCAGACCGCAAACCUGCGGUGGAUGCGUGGGUCGAUUGCUUCAGCAAAUCAGGGGCUGUUGUGAAAAAUGACUUCCAAGCAUCUGGCCAUGAUGCGAUCAAGGCGUUCCUGCUCAAGGGCUGGGAAAACACCAAGUGGCGUGACCACGAUGUUAAGAAGGUCACCGUUCUGCAGCAAUCGCCUUUAAAGCUCUCCAUUGAGGGUGAGACAUACUAUCUGAGAGAUGAUGGUUCAAGACAACACGGAAAGUGGACGGCUGUACAAACCUAUGUCGAGGAGGAAGGAGCCUUCAAAAUUGCUAAAUAUGAAAUCAGCUUUACGAUGCUGUAA